AUGCGCUCUUCUCCUUGUACCGUUUGCUCGUCGCUUCGUGGCACCUCACUUUUUUAUGGGGGACUAGUUUGUUGUGGGUGCAAGGUGUUCUUCUUGAGAAGUGUCACAGCGAAAGCUCGAUAUCGAUGUGCGAAUGGGGGUGCUUGUUUGAGGGAUUCACCCGCUGGUUCGGCAGCUUGGGUGAAAUGUCGAGCGUGUCGCUUUCAGAAGUGUCUUGACUCAAAUAUGAAUCCUGAAGCAGUAGGAGUGGUGAAGGGACAAAGAUUAGCUAAAGCCUCUGGACAAGCACAACCGCCGCCACUCCCUCAAGCCUUCGAAGAAGUCAGCAACCCUCCAUCCAUCGCUCCCUACAGCCCUCCUUUAAAGAAAACAAAGCUCACCGGAUCUGAUCAAUGGAAUGAUCAUUCCCCCUCAUCUUACCUCCAUCGUCGUCCUCCAUCUCCUCCGCUUUCUCCAUCAUCAACCACGUCAACCGUUUCCGCUUCUCAUUCUCCUGUUUUACUGGAUAUUAGCGAGCCGAGCACAUCUAACUAUCAAGCUGUUGUCCCGUACUUUGAAGCAAAAAAUUUCCCAAUGGCCCCGUCCGCCAUCGGUUUUACCCUAUUCGCUCCGAUGGAUUCAGGGAUGCGUUUCGCGGAGAGUUCUCCAUGGGAUUCACUGAGUGAUAUUCUCAGUCGAUUGAGGAUUUUGGAGAGAUACUGUGAUGUCUCAGAUGUGCCUGCCGGUCCUUCAUCUUACGUCAAUAUCGACGUCCCGUUAGGCGAGGCACUCAGGAAUCCGUUGGCACUUUGUCAAAGGACACCUGUCGGCUUUUCGGUGAAAAACGAGGUCACGCAAACGGUUUUCCACAAUUUCCCGUCACUUUUCUGCCGUUUCGCGCUUCACUACAUCGAUUGGGUGGCCGGAUUGGCCGAAUUAAGGCAAUUAGAUGAGAAGGAUAAGCUUUCUCUAAUUACCUCACAGAUGUGUGUAAGCGAAUUGGUGGUAUUGGUCUAUCAUUCAUGGAUCUCGAAAAGUCCGGGUUUCGUUUUCCCGGGCGGCACUCAUUUUGUCGAUUCGCAUCGACCCGCGCAAAAUGACAUCGACGAGUUUUGUCAAUUGGUGAGCCGCUAUGUACACAAUGAUAUUUUCCCCGAUCUCGAGUCACUCCAAUUGACGAGUGACGAGUUUGUGAUUCUCAAGACAAUCGUUUUUUUUACGUCAACAUGUGUCCUCUCUGAUUACGGGGCGAUGGUCGUGCGGAAAGCGCGCGCAAAAUACGAACAGGUUUUGAUCCAAUUGAUCGCCGAGAAAAACCCGCACUUGACGGAAAUCGAUCGACAGCUCCGGGUUUAUCGGAUAAUUGCCCUCAAUCGACACUUCGUUAUUCUGGCAAUGAAGGACAACAUUUUCUUGUCUCGUCUGUGCACACUCAACAUUGGAAAUAUGCAGGGAUCUCUACUAUUCGAUUUUUACCUCAAACAAUAC